AUGUAUCUUCUUAUCGAUAUUCGGGCCUUCAAAACUGUCAGUCAUUGCAACAUCAGCUGGCACCGGCUUGUCUACUCACAGGAGACAAACAGCUUUGAGUUGUCCCUCGUGGUGCAGGUUUCAGACGGAGGGGACAGCCACAGGAGUUCUGAGCGAUCGGUUCUCGGUAGCGUCUUCCAGAAAAAGGUGUCUUCUGCCGCACAACCCCAUACCUUUGAGCGAAUGGCAGAGGUUUCGGAUAACAACUGGAAACGCCCGGUUCCUCGUUCAGUCUACCUACUCUACCCCCAGGCACUGGAUAUGACGCAGGUGGUAGCGAACAUUACUCACUGUCUUCCCAUACCAGAGGCUUCCAUAUUCAACCAGACAGUCCGAUUCCUUAACGUCAGUUCGAAUGUCUGCGUACCGGAAAAGGCUGUCGACAGACCUCUAAAUGCUAUCGUGGUGAUCAAGUCCGCCGUCUACAAUUUUGCGGAUCGUGAGCGUUUACGUAGAGCCUAUGCAAACGAAACCGAGCGUGAACCGGCCUUCCGCAUGGCCAUGGUCUUCUCUCUAGGGCUGCCUCGAAGCAGCGGUGGUCGCUUCUUCCAACGCGAUGGUAUCAACAUCUCUCUCCCAGGCCGGGAGGGCGCAUCACUGGAGAAGAUGAAGUCCCAGAGGCUGAAAGUCCUGAGAAAGCUGGCAGAAGAAGCCCAAUGCCAUGGUGACCUCGUGGUGGGUGACUAUGAGGACACCUACUAUAACCUCAGCCUGAAAUUAUUCCACACUUUCCAGUGGGCCUCUGGCUUCUGUCGUGGGCAUGUGACGCAUCAGCCGCAACGACCUCCCGUCUUCGUCCUCAUGGACGAUGACUAUGCCUUCAGUAUCAGUCGUCUGAAGGCUGAACUGGGUGCCCUCUUGGACGCGCAGAUUCGACGAGUGGCUCUGGGCUACCUAAUGAAUGGAAGUAAGGUACUUCGCCCGCUGGCCUCUCGAGGUUUUGAACAGUGGACCGUCUCCAAACGUCAGGUGCCCUGGCCCUACUACACGCCUUACUCUUCCGGUGCCUUCCUAGUCCUCGGCGCUAAUGUCCUCCAGGAAAUUGCCCUAACCGUGUACUUCACCGUGCAGUUUUCAGUGGACGAUGCCUGGCUAAGCAUGGUCAUGUCGAAGUUAGACCUCUAUGCCCAGCGUCGUCCACACAUGUAUAUGUGA